GGAGGUAUUCUCGCGACAUUUGCCGGCCGCCCGGCUUGCACUGCGGCGUUUCCCGCGCGGGCUACCUCGGUUCCCGGGCGUACGGCGCGGCCUGUCCUACCGCCGCCGGCGCCGCGGCCGUCAUGGGGUUCCUGAAACUGAUUGAGAUCGAGAACUUUAAGUCGUACAAGGGUCGACAGAUUAUCGGACCAUUUCAGAGGUUCACCGCCAUCAUUGGACCCAAUGGCUCUGGUAAGUCAAAUCUCAUGGAUGCCAUCAGCUUUGUGCUAGGUGAAAAAACCAGCAACCUGCGGGUAAAGACCCUGCGGGACCUGAUCCAUGGAGCUCCUGUGGGCAAGCCAGCUGCCAACCGGGCCUUUGUCAGCAUGGUUUACUCUGAGGAGGGUGCUGAGGACCGUACCUUUGCCCGUGUCAUUGUAGGGGGUUCCUCUGAGUACAAGAUCAACAACAAAGUGGUCCAACUACAUGAGUACAGUGAGGAAUUAGAGAAGUUGGGCAUUCUCAUCAAAGCUCGUAACUUCCUCGUUUUCCAGGGUGCUGUAGAAUCUAUUGCCAUGAAGAACCCCAAAGAGAGGACAGCUCUAUUUGAAGAGAUAAGUCGUUCUGGGGAGCUGGCACAGGAGUAUGACAAGCGAAAGAAGGAAAUGGUGAAGGCUGAAGAGGACACACAGUUUAAUUACCAUCGCAAGAAAAAUAUUGCGGCUGAACGCAAGGAAGCAAAGCAGGAGAAAGAAGAGGCUGACCGCUACCAGCGCCUGAAGGAUGAGGUAGUACGAGCUCAGGUACAGCUGCAGCUCUUUAAGCUUUACCAUAAUGAAGUGGAAAUUGAGAAGCUCAACAAGGAACUGGCCUCUAAGAACAAGGAGAUCGAGAAGGACAAGAAGCGUAUGGACAAGGUGGAGGAUGAGCUGAAGGAGAAGAAGAAGGAGCUGGGCAAAAUGAUGCGGGAGCAGCAGCAGAUUGAGAAGGAGAUCAAGGAGAAGGACUCAGAAUUGAACCAGAAGCGGCCUCAGUACAUCAAAGCCAAGGAGAACACCUCCCACAAAAUCAAGAAGCUGGAAGCAGCCAAGAAGUCCCUGCAGAAUGCUCAGAAGCACUAUAAGAAGCGUAAAGGUGACAUGGAUGAGCUGGAGAAGGAGAUGCUGUCAGUGGAGAAGGCCCGGCAGGAGUUUGAAGAACGGAUGGAAGAAGAGAGUCAGAGUCAGGGCAGAGAUUUGACCUUGGAGGAGAAUCAGGUGAAGAAAUACCACCGGUUGAAAGAAGAAGCCAGCAAGAGAGCAGCUACCCUGGCCCAGGAGCUAGAGAAAUUCAAUCGAGACCAGAAAGCUGACCAGGACCGUCUGGAUCUGGAAGAACGGAAGAAAGUAGAGACAGAGGCCAAAAUCAAGCAAAAGCUGCGGGAAAUUGAAGAGAAUCAGAAGCGGAUUGAGAAACUGGAGGAAUACAUCACCACUAGCAAGCAGUCCCUAGAAGAGCAGAAGAAGUUAGAGGGGGAGCUGACAGAGGAGGUGGAGAUGGCCAAGCGGCGUAUUGAUGAAAUCAAUAAGGAGCUGAAUCAGGUGAUGGAGCAGCUAGGGGAUGCCCGCAUUGACCGCCAGGAGAGCAGCCGCCAGCAGCGAAAGGCAGAGAUAAUGGAAAGCAUCAAGCGCCUUUACCCUGGCUCUGUGUACGGCCGCCUCAUUGACCUGUGCCAGCCCACACAAAAGAAGUAUCAGAUUGCUGUAACCAAGGUUUUGGGCAAGAACAUGGAUGCCAUUAUUGUGGACUCGGAGAAGACAGGCCGGGACUGUAUUCAGUAUAUCAAGGAGCAGCGUGGGGAGCCUGAGACCUUCUUGCCUCUUGACUACCUGGAGGUGAAGCCUACAGAUGAAAAACUCCGGGAGCUGAAGGGGGCCAAGCUAGUGAUUGAUGUGAUUCGCUAUGAGCCACCUCACAUCAAAAAGGCCCUGCAGUAUGCUUGUGGCAAUGCCCUUGUCUGUGACAACGUGGAGGAUGCCCGCCGCAUUGCCUUUGGAGGCCACCAGCGCCACAAGACAGUGGCACUGGAUGGAACCCUAUUCCAGAAGUCAGGAGUGAUCUCUGGUGGGGCCAGUGACCUGAAGGCCAAGGCGCGGCGCUGGGAUGAGAAAGCAGUAGACAAGUUGAAAGAGAAGAAGGAGCGCUUGACGGAGGAGCUGAAAGAGCAGAUGAAGGCAAAACGGAAAGAGGCAGAGCUGCGUCAGGUGCAGUCUCAGGCCCAUGGACUGCAGAUGCGGCUCAAGUACUCCCAAAGUGACCUAGAACAGACCAAGACACGACAUCUAGCCCUGAAUCUGCAGGAAAAAUCCAAGCUGGAGAGUGAGCUAGCCAACUUUGGGCCUCGCAUUAAUGAUAUCAAGAGGAUCAUUCAGAGCCGAGAGAGGGAGAUGAAAGACUUGAAGGAGAAGAUGAACCAGGUAGAGGAUGAGGUGUUUGAAGAGUUUUGUCGGGAGAUUGGUGUGCGCAACAUUCGGGAGUUUGAGGAAGAGAAGGUGAAACGGCAGAAUGAAAUCGCCAAGAAGCGGUAGGUGGGAGGAUUGGUAGAAGAGAUUGGGAUG